AUGAGUGAAUUAAAUCAGAAUCAACAAGAUCAACAUGUUGUAGAGGAAAUAAAGAAUGAGGAGAUGAUCUCCACUGAAGAUACCAGACUUUGUAAGCAUAGAGGAUCAUGCAUUCAAAGUUGUCUUAAAGUAUGGGCACGUGGUUUGUUGAUUGGUUACGGUAUGAGAGCAUCACUCGCAUUACUAUCUGGACUCGUCAUGAGAAGAUUAUAUAAAAAUCCAAGAAAAUUGAUUAAUCAAUCAUUGUUACAUAAAGAUCCAAUUGGAUUUGGAUUGUUCUUGGCAUUCUAUACAGGUGGAUUCAAAGCAAUCAAUUGUUUGUUGCGUGCAAUCAGAGGAAAAGAAGAUGGUUGGAACAGUCUUAUCGCUGGUUUCUUUAGUGGUGCAGCAAUGAUGUUUUCAAAGAGUACAGAGAUGGCAUUAUAUCUAUUCGCAAGAGCAUUGGAAUCAGUAUUUAACGCUGCACACAAGAGAGGAUUGAUUAAAUCAUGGAAGCAUGGUGAUUCAGCAUUAUUCUGUUUCUGUACUACAGUUAUGUUUUAUGCAUUUGUUUGGGAACCAAAGACUGUUCGUCCAUCAUAUUUGAAGUUUUUGAGUAAAGUUGCCGGUGAGAAGAGAAAUUUGGCACAGGUAACAGAAAAGAUCAGAGAAAUCUAUUACCUUAGCAAUCACUUACCAAACCCAACUCAAUAA